GAAGAGCAGUGUCAUUCAGAUGGCCCCUGUGGUGCGAUGACCCAGGGGCUGUCACCCACCACCCCCAGGACCUCAUCCAGUCAGUGGAUGAGCUGCUGAAAGCCCCCGGGGACCUGGAGACCCUGGCCCUGCCUGACCAGCACCACACGGUCACCCACCUGCUCUCGGGCCUGGAAGAAGUCCUGAGGACCCUUGCCAAGGCCAUACCUGGAGGCUCCUUCACCUACCAGUCUCCUGAAGGCACAGAGCUGUCCCUGGUGAGCCAGGAGCAGGGGCACGGGAACGUCACCCAGGGCCAUAGCCACGCAUGGAUGGUCCUGGACUGGGCCGUGGCGGCUGGGGCUGCGGGGUCAGGCCCCGCCAUGGCAGGCAUCCUCUCCAACCCCAACAUGCAGAAACCGCUGGCCAACGCCUCCCUGCAGCUGGACCCGGAGAGGCAAGACGAGCUGGAAGAGACCCACGACAGCCCCCUCCGCGGCAGCCAGUGGAGGCUCCUCUCGGCUGUCAAGUCAGUCUUUCUGAGCAACACGAACACGAUGAAACUCGACCCCAACGUCACCGUCAUCUUCUCCCACCGUCCAGGGACGCCUGGGCCACGGCAGGAGCUGAUCUGUGCCUUCCGGAAGCGAGCUGACGACAGGGACGGGCACUGGGCCACCACGGGGUGCCGGAGGCUGGGCAGCUGGAGCAGCAGCACCACCAGCCAGGGCCACUUGGUGGAAAGAGGCCCAUUUGACACAAUAGUGAACCCCAAUGGUGUGGAGGUGAGGGCCCUGGGAGGGGCUGCGUUCAGUGUAUGUCACACUACAACCAAUUCCCACAGAUGCAGCAGCUUAAAGACCCACAGAUGUGUCACCCCGAGUCUCUGCAGGUCAGCAGUCCUGCAUGGUGCAGCUGGCCUGUCUGUUGGCAUCUUACAGGUCUUACAAGCCUCUCCUCUGAGGCCUGGGGUCCUCCUCUGCACUUC